CUAGCUACGGUUUUCUUGGAAUGGCAGAAAAAAUAUGGUGAUGUUUUUCAAUUUUGGUUUGGACCAAUGCCUCUUAUAUGUGUGUGUGGAAUUGAAGAUGUCCAACAUAUAUUUACUCAUCGGCAGAUUUACGAACAAGGCGACUCACAACUGCGUAAACAGAGACUUUUUCAUGAUGCUCUCGUCUGUAAUAUAGGUGUGUAGUAUUUACUUAUUCUAAAAAUUAACCAAAUCAGAAUAAAGUUAGUUCGAAGAUCAACUGAAUAGUAAUAAAGCAAAAUCUCGUAGUAUAAUUUCAUAGUUUAGCCUUAUUGAGUAUGAAUGUAUUUUUCUGACUAUUGUUUUGAUUAUUUUUUUAAGCAACCAUAUAUAGACAUAACAUGUUUUGUUUUCUUUGUUGAUUUAUCAUAGCAGCAAAGCAUAAACGUCAUGCAGCUUUAAGUGGUCCAUUAUUUCGUCGAGCUAAAAUUAUAUCGAAUCUGGAUUUAAUUGUUAAUUGCACUGAUAAAUUGCUUGAACAAUGGCGUUCAAAAUCUGAAGAUCAUCUGUUUGUACAUCUUGACUUAGUUGCCAAAUGUCAAAAUCUUCUACUGGAUAUUUUUGGUUUCAUUGCAUUUGAUUAUGAUCUUGAAUGUUUAGAUUCAAACAAUAUCACCAAAAAAAAUAAGCUUACACAAGCACUGAACGAGUUUAUGGAUAUUUUUGUUGCUGCGAUGCGCAAGCCAAUGUUUAUGAUAAAAUUGUAUUUAGCAUGUAGUUCACGUUAUCGAAAAGUAAUAUCUACCAUUCAUGAAUAUUUUAAUCAAAUGAUUGAACAGGAACAAAGAAAAUCAUCUGAAGACAUCAUUGAAAGAAAGAGAAAAAGUUUGAUUGCAUCACUUGUUGAAUCAUUGUAA